AUGGCAGCUCCUACGCAGCUUGCUUACCGCACGCUCAAGGGCAUUGGUAUCAUGGAUGCCGCCCCUGUUUAUGAGCCUCUACCCGGGUUUGUGAGACCUGAAGGCAACCUCCGCUGUAGCGCCUACUCGCCGUGUGGCCGGUACUACGCAUGGGCAUCGCCCGAGAAGGUCUCCAUUAUCGACGCCUCCGUUGGUCACAUCGUCGGAACCAUCGCCGCCGAGAACGUGUUCGAGCUGGGCUUCUCGCCGCUCGGUACCUACGUGAUCACCUGGCAGCGUACCUCCAAGGACGAGAACGGAGACGCCGUCAAGAACCUGAAGGUGUGGCGUGCCAUUGAGAACGGAGAUGAGCAUGCGGUCGUGGGCAGUUUCGUGCAAAAGUCGCAGACUGGAUGGAACUUGCAGUACACCGCCGAUGAGAAGCUUUGCGCCCGCACUGUGACCAACGAGGUCCAGUUCUACCAAAGCGAGAAUUUGUCAACUGUCUGGAACAAGCUGCGCGUGGAGGGUGUGACGGACUUCGCGCUCUCGCCGGGUCAGACCCAGUCGAUUGCGGUGUUCAUUCCCGAGCGCAAGGGUCAACCUGCCGCGGUCAAGGUGUUCAUUGUGCCGCAGUUCGGUGCCCCUGUGUCCCAGAAGAACUUCUUCAAGGGUGACAAGGUCCAAUUGAAGUGGAACUCUUCUGGAACCACCCUGAUCGUGCUCGCACAAACUGAGGUCGACCGCACUGGCAAGAGUUAUUAUGGCGAGACAACACUGUACCUGCUCAGCGCUAGCGGUGCAUUCGACUCGCGUAUUGAUCUUGAUAAGGAGGGUCCUAUUCACGAUGUCAGCUGGAACCCCAACUCGAAGGAAUUCGGUGUUGUGUACGGUUACAUGCCCGCUAAGACCACUAUCUUCAAUAUGCGCGGUGUGGCCACCCACAACUUCCCCCUCGCCCCCCGCAACACCAUUCAGUUCUCGCCGCAUGGCCGUUUCGUUCUGGUUGCCGGUUUCGGUAACUUGGCAGGACAAAUGGAUCUCUACGAUAUGGACAAGAACUACCACAAGAUUACCACGGUCGAGGCCUCCAACGCAAGUGUUUGCGCCUGGUCCCCCGACGGACAAUACAUUCUGACCGCGACAACAAGCCCUCGCCUGCGCGUCGACAACGGCGUGCGUAUUUGGCACGUCACCGGUGGCCUUAUGUACAACGAAGAUAUGACCGAGCUGUACGAUGUCACCUGGCGGCCACAGAGCAUCUCCCAGCACCCGCUGGGCGACCCGCUCACCAAGCUCCCUGUUCCCCACUCCUCUGCCACUGCCUACAUGGGCACCCGCAAGGCCCCCGUCAAGCCUGCUGGCGCCUACCGACCCCCCGGUGCCCGCGGCCAGCUGACCCCUCUCGCCUUCAAGCGUGAAGACGAGGGUGGUGCUGCCUUUGUCCGCGAUGGCGUUCCCGGUGCCAGCAUGAACGGCUUCGGCAAGCCUCGCCGCCGUGAGAUCCCCGGCGCCGAGCCCGCCGAGGAAUACCUUCCUCCUGGAGCCGCACCGGGUGGCGGCGUUGCUCUGCCCACCGAGAACCUGUCCAAGUCUGCCGCCAAGAACAAGAAGAAGCGCGAAGCUGCCAAGAAGGCCAAGGAGGAGGGAACCGAUAACGCUCCCCCUGCCAACGCCCCAACUGGCCCUAGCCCAGACCGCAACCGCAACCGUGGCGGCAAGAACGGUGUCGUUAACGGUAACGGUGCUGCCAAGUCUACUCCUCCCCCUGCUGCCGCUCCUCCUGCCCCUGCUGAGGAUCCUUCCGCCCAGGAUAAGAAGAUCCGUGGUCUGUUGAAGAAGAUCCGGGCUAUCGAUGAGCUUAAGAUGCGCCUUGCUGGCGGUGAAAAGCUCGAAGAUACACAGAUGAAGAAGAUCCAGACCGAGGAUGCGGUCCGGAAGGAUCUCGAGGCUGUUGGAUACAACGGUUGA